UGUGCCAGGUUUCCGCUCGCGUCCUCAACGGGGCCAGACUGGUCAGCGACUGCACGUACUCCGGCAUCGCCAACAUCACCGUGGCCAAAGGCGCGGUCACCGUCUGCAACGCCGUGCUGACCACAGCGACGGUCAACGGGACGCUCAGGACGACCUUCCUGACGGCCUCCGUGUGCAAGCAGACGAUAGCGGGGUCUCCACAACAACAGUAAGUGGUAGGGGGAAAGGGGGAAGGCACCAGUGAUUAGUUCAGAAAUUUUCUCCCGGGGGGGGGGGCACUUAAGAGUUUGGGGGGGGGGAGCAGUGCCAGAAGUGCCAGUUGAUUUAUUGUUGGAAAUAUUACCCCGAGACAUAGCUGAAAUAAACCCUGGAAGGCACUUAGAAUGAUUUCACCAUAUUUUGCCCCCCCACCCCCGAAUCUUCACCAAACAUGUGUCUCAACAUUUAGACACCCCCAUCACACAUCAUCACAAAUUCGUGACCAUCACACACCCCUCCAAUGCUUGAUGUCAUUUAUGAAUGCCCCCCCUCCACCCUCUCUCUCUCCCUAAGACAGGAGAGAAUAAUACGGGCCAUUUAGUACAGCCAUUCUUAACAUCUAGGCCUAUGCUAGUAGACUCUUAGAUGGCUGGGCUCACGAGAUGAGCAAAUCAAUUUAUUUAUUCUAAAUAAGUACGAAAGAAUUAAAUGGUUUAUUUUCGUAUUUUAUAACUUUUCAAACCUGUGUUGGGCUAGAACAAUUUCUUUUUUUUUUUAAAUGUUGAAAUGUGUUCAGUGAAUACAGUCGUUUAAGAACCACUGGCGCAGAUGCCAGGUAUAGCUCUAUCACUGCAUCAUUGCAAAAUAAGUAAAUAACAUAGGCCUAAAUAUUAUUGCAGGUGUGCGGCCUUCAAAUACAUUUUCUUUCUAUAAAAAACAGAUUUGACUUAGAAAUCGGGUCCCAGAAGUAUCCAAUCCCAUCUAAUAUCUUCACCUUAUAUGAUGGUAAGUACGGUAAUUGAGAAAGUAGGGUGCAAAUUGGUUUUGAUUAUUUUGAAAAAUUGUGGGGGAGCGGGGCCGAUAAAGGAGGAGAAAAAGAGAGAGAGACGGGGCGAAAGAGUGAGAGAGAGACAUUAAAACAAGAUAGGGAAAGAAUGCAGACAGAGACAGAUAGAAAAAAAGAGAGAGAGACGAGAGAAAUAGACAGAUAGAGAGGGAUAGAGAGAGAGAGAGAUAGACAGACAGACAAGGAAAGAAAGAGAGAGAGAGUCGGGAUUGAGAGAGGCAUUGAAAGGAGAUGGGAAAGGGUGAGAAAGAGAGAGACAGACAGGCAUAUAGAAAGAGAAAGAAAGAGAGGGGGUGAGAGAGAAAGAGAGAGAGAGGUGGAAGUGAGAGAGAAAGAGAGAGAUAUAUAAAGGUAUGGUGAAAGGACUGAUCCAUUAGUUGAGAUGUUAAACCUCUUAUUCGUUGCCAGGUGCCAAUGACGCUUCAUUCCUGGACGUGAAUGACCGGUACAGAAAUCUCUUGGUCAACCUGGGCAUCUGCCAGAGCGUCGCCUGUCCUUACAACAGCGCCACCAUGGCCGGUCUGCUGGACUUCAACAACUGCAAGAUCAUCAGCUCCGGGGUCUCCAGCAAUAGUAAGUCUGCUUGAUAUUAUUUCAAAGGUUUAUUUGUGAUGGGAUAUUAUUUCAAAGGUUUGUCUGUGCUGAAAUAAUUCAACUGUUUGUUUCUUUUAAGAUAGUUGAACGCUUUGUUUGUGCUGAGAUAAUUUCAAUUAGAGACCGACCAAACUUUGACUUCGGUUUCGGCGCCGAAAGUGGCCAUUUGAUCCCUCUCGGCCUAGUUUCGGUUAAGGGGGGAAACAGAAAAGUUAAAUUUCGGUAUAACUUCGGUUUUGGCCGAAACUGAAAAGUUAACUUUCGGUUUAAUUUUUAAAAAAAUAAUCCGGCUGAACCAAAUAAUGACGUCACCAGCACGGAAGGACUGGUGUGUGUUACUACGCUAAAUAUUAAUGCAGCGAUAUCUUGGCAGCCAUUAAUGAAAACACAAAGCAUUAGUUUGACGAUAACCUCGAAACAUCGUGGUGAUAUUGUUGGAUAGCCUUAAUAACUGAUAUUUAAGUCGAAAUCAGAAAAUCACUUUCAGUCGGUCUCUAAUUUCAAUGGGGUUUUUUUGUUUUUGUUUUUUUUUUUGUCCUGAGAUAUUUCAACGGUUUGUUUUCUGCUGAUAUAUUAUUUCAAAGGUUUGUAUGUGCUGUUAAAUGUCGAUAGUUUGUUUGUGCUGAGAUAUUAUUUCAACGGAUUGUUUCCUCGUGAUUUUUGCUUUCAAGUGGCUAGACUGUAAUUCACAUCAAAUGUUCUGACAGAACCUCUGGAUUAGGAUUUGGCAUUGGAUCAAGAUUAGCUGGCGUGGGCAGCUUCGCAACUCAACAUUACUUAUUUUUCGAAUACUUAAAAGACUUAGCUUCGAAUCUGUUGUUAUCUGAAGUUUGGAUUUAUCAUUUACUAAGUAAUUUUAGCUUAAAUUUAUCAAUGGCUCAGUACUUUUAGUUUAAAUUUAUCAGGCACUCGGUACUUUCAUUUAAAAUUUAUCAAUGACUGAAGUUGGCAUUCGUCAGAUACAAAGGUUUGAAUCUCUCAACCUCUGGAAGUUUAGAGUUCCCCGUGCCUGCAGUUUGAAGUUGUCGAUAUCUGUGCAAUGCUAUACUGUCCCCUUUUAUUAUCUGUGCAAUGCUUUGCUGUCCCCUUUCAUUAUCUGUGCAAUGCUAUGUUGUCCCUUUUCAUAUCUCAUUAAAUAAGAAACAAACAAUAUAGUUUAAUAAGAAUGUAACUAUUUACGUUUAAGCCUCAUCGCAGUCCAAGCUACAACAUAACUAUGUCACAACUCCUUGGAGUUUGAGUUAAAUAUAUUGAAUACAAAACAUUUCGUAAAUCUUUUUUUUUCCUUUCUUAAAUAAAUACAUGACAUAUUCCCUUCGUGCUAUAAUUAUUUCUACCUGGAGGCUGACGACAUUUUUAAAACAAAUGACGUGGAUUUGUGUUUUUUUAAAUUAUGUUUUUCAUUAAUCUGACAAUACAUCUUACAAGCCUGAAGUUAUGUAAAAAAAAAUGUUAAGUUGAAAGACUAGAAUUUUGAAUUAACUUUCGGAUUUUUUCUUCUUCUAAUUUACCGGUGCUAGAAAUGACCCACGAAAAAAUGGUGUCAGAAAAGUGCGAAGUUCCAUGUACUUAAGUUAUCUGACAAAACAUGCAUUACAAGUAAAUGAGUUUAAAAGAAUCCCAGUUCGUGCUAAUGACAUACACUUUAAUAUACCCACAGGCCUACUUAUAUUUUCAGAUUUAAAUGGAUUCAAUUCCCGUAAAAUAAAAAAAAAAUAAAAAAUAUUUAUAAAAAACUUGCUGUCGGUGUUUUGAAGAAUCCCAGUUAGUUAGAAAUAAAGUUUUAUCUUGAACACAAAUGCGCUCUGCUGUUUGGUGUAGAUAUUGGGAAGUUUAUUUUUGGCGCUAUUGAACUAUUUGAGCAGAGCAUCAUGGCUAUACACAACACCAAGAGAAUUAUAGUUUUUUUUUUUAUAAUGUACAUUGUUUGAUAUUCAUUAAUACAUUAAUCAAGGAAUUCAUUACACAGCGGGUGUUGAUUUUCCUAUUUUCAGCCAAUGGUACACUCAGAAGCAAUGGCUGGAACGAGGCUGCUGUCAAGUACACGCCCAAUGGCUGUACGGGUUUACCCAAAGUGUCAACAACCGCUGUCAACAUGUGCUUCACAUCGUCUUCUGGACUCAGCUUGUGGUGUAACGUAUGUACACUUUUGGAUCACGAUGUCAAACAGCCGUCGCGAAAUUAUUGUUCUACAAUACAGAGAGAAUUAAUGGUUCCAUAGAAUUAUGGUUCCAUAGAAUUAUUUAAACGGAAAAAUGAGAUUUACUGUUAAAAUUUGCGGUAAUGGGGUAGGUCCUUUAAUAGAAAUCUAUUAAUAGAACAUCCGGGUAUUCCGUUGGGCCAAUUGUCGAACAGCUGUUUGGUACUUCUACGUUAAUGUGAGUCAGUGUAGUGGGUAUUAACAUGUAUAUACAUACAUAUAUAUAUAACUUAUGUUUAUAUAAAAAGAAGAGGCGUUUUAAAAACAGCAAAGUUUGGCCACGGAACUACACGAAGUUAAACAAAACUAUUAAAAUGGGCCACUCCCGAAAAAGGAAGAGGUAAGAGACGCUGCUAUAAAACACCGUACGUGCGUGUGUAGAUUAAGGUACUGGUAAAAAUAGUUUCUCUUCUUUGCAACGCCCAGCUCCUUUCGUGCAAACCUCUGCGUGGCAGCGCUCGGUUAUCCGAAUACAUUUUUUUUUCCGAAACAACCACGAUCCCAAAUUAGUUCAGAAAAUCGACGCUCUAUUUUUAUCCCGCAAUAUUUCCAGAUGCUAUGAAACUUCCGAUUUAAGGGAAGGUAACUUUGACUAUGUCACGACCGGUAGUUGCCCUUUCGUUGGAACAUUUAACCCCGUCUUCCGUCGUUCCCGUUCGUUUCUUUUAUAAACGAAGUACCGGCGGCGGCUGAUCCGUGUUGACACGGUGCAACAGUAGCGCCACCGCCAUAUUUACCCGGCAUUACUCGUUCAAACAGAGGGGUAGGCGGCCUUUGAAGGAGGUUACCUUGGGACAAAAAUUGAAUCAGGUCAUAAUUUUCUCAGAUCCUAUUUCAUCACAUAAGAGUAAAAAAAAAAAAAAAAAAAAAAAAAAACAGCAACAACCCAGCAAUAAUUGAUGUGAUAUAGGCAGAGGCGUAGCGAGGGUGUUUGGCGCCCGGGGACAAGAUUCGCGCCCGGGGACAAGAUUCGCGCCCGGGGACAAGAUCAAUUUUAAAGCGCCACUUUUUUUCUUUUUUUCAACCCUAAAACCCAUUAUUUCCAUCAAUAAAUUAAUAUCAAAGCACAUCUUGGCGCCCCUAAGUAGCUGGCGCCUGGGGACAUCUGUCCCCCCACUGCCUCCCCCCUCACUACGCCUCUGGAUAUAGGUAUAAAAAAUUAUGGCCAUGUCGUAUAUCGAUCUGCACAAGUAUACAAUUUUAAAAAAAAAUCCAACUAGGCCUUUCAGAGCUCGCGUGAAUCUCGGGCAAAUAGACCUUUUUGAGGCUCCUUGAUCUUUGCCGAAGCACAGAUAUGACCUCACUGUUAGUAUUACUACAGAGGUCAUUAAAGAUGAACGGUGCGUAUGGUUUCUUUCCCAAUUUUUUUUUUUCCUCGAGAAUUUUCGGAAUGGGUGUUGCGGAUAACAAAUUAUUAUUUAAGUUAUUACAUAAUAUUUAAGUUGACAUAGCGACAGUGGCGUAGAAAGGGGGUGCGGAGAGGGAGGUGGCACAUUUUUAAUCAUUUAAUAUAUAUAUAUAUAUUCAUAUAUGUGAAUAUAUAUAUAUAUAGGCAUUUUCGGCGAACUGCAAAGUUUUUCAUGGGAGGAGAGGGGUGGGAUCUUGGCCCGCCCUGGGGGGCACUAACCAUAACUACGCCACUGCUUCUCUUUGGGUUUGCGCCCCUCCCCCUCCCCCCCCCCGAACUCUCCGUUAUUCUACAUGACCCGCCUCAGUAUGUUCUAAUGAAAUAUAACACUUUUCAAGAUCUCUCUCUCUCUCUCUCUCUCUCUCUUUCUAUCUCACUCUCUUUCUAUCUCUCUCUUUCUAUCUCUCUCUCUUUCUAUAUCUCUUUCUAUCUCAUUCUCUUUCUAUCUCUCUCUUUCUAUCUCUUUCUUUCUAUCUCACUCUCCUUCUAUCUCUCUCUCUUUCUAUCUCACUCUCUUUCUAUAUCUCUCUUUCUACCUCUCUCUUUCUAUCUCACUCUCUGUUCCUCGACAGAGUGACACGGGAGCUCCAGUGUACUGCAACGCCCCAUCCAACAACGAAUGGAUUAUGGUGGGCGUGGCCCAGGUUCAGUCCAGCUGUGGCACCUCGCCAGAGUUCAGGGUCAUUCAACAUCCGGGUUAAUCAGAAAACCCCAAUGCCAGGGGACUCCAAUCAUCAGCUCCUGGUCCCAACAGUUAAGAAUAUAUUUCAUGAUUUCACACAACCUUUCACGGAGAUGAGAUUUCAAUAUGACAGCUUACAGGCAGAAUGUCUUCGAGAGUAGGAAUAACUUCCAAUGUAGUCUUAUUUUAGACAUAAAGUCACAUAUUUUGUCAGAUAUUUAUUUUAACUCCAAAAUAAAAUUUUGUACCUAAUUAUUAUGGAUGAAAUGUGUAUAUUUUAUUGCUGCAUUAAUGGGUACCCGGGUACCUAUAGUCACAAAUAACUAUUCGCACCCGGAGUGGCUCCGUACAGAUUAACUUGCUUCGGAGCCAGGUGUGAUAACAAUAAUAGUAUGAGAAUUAUUUUUUUUUAAUUGUUUUUUCUCCUUGUUAUUUCAUAGAUUCAUAGUUUUAUUCUUUUUAGUUUUUUUUUUUAUUUGCUUGGUUAAUUUCUCUUUAGGACGGGUAGAUUUUUUUUCUUUCUUAUUUUCUUUUUUAGUUUAAGCCAUUUUCGUUGAUCAUUUUUUUUUUUUUU